AUGUUUCAAGUAUGGCAUUUAUAUAAAACCUUAAUCUUUAUAUUCUAUAUUUUAAGUUUACAACAAUAUGUAUGUCAUUCAUCUAAUCAUGUAAAAAGUAUUAAUAGAUGUUUUAUCCCCUUUAUUUCAGAAUAUAUGUAUAAACAAAAAAACAGAAAAAAUAAUAAAUCAUAUGAUUAUAAUAGCAGUCAGUAUUGUAAUAGAAUAACACCAUAUGAUAAUUAUAAUAAACAAUUAAAAUAUAAAAUAAAUAUUUUUCGGCAUUUUUAUUAUAAUAAAGAAAAUGAAUAUAAUACAAUAUCGUCAAUAAAUAAAUUAAACUUUGAUAAUAUACAAAGAGACAACACAAUAUACAAACUAAAAAAGAAAUAUUAUAAAGUUAGAAAAGUACAAGAAAAAAUAAACACAUUGAAAUCUAAAGAAGAAGAAUCUCUAAUUUCUGAAACAAAUAAUAAAAAUGAUUCAAGUGUAAAAGUAAAAGGAAGAAGAAAAAAAAAAAAUAUAUCAAAUGAUGAAAAUGUUAUGAAUCCAAAUAAUAAAAGUGAAAGUAAUAUUAAUUCAAAGCAAAAUGAUUCCUCUUAUAAUAAUAAUAAUAAUUUAUAUAAUGACAAACAUAUGGACCAUAUAAUUACGCAUAAAAAAAAUAAAAUAAACAACAAUAUAGAUGGAAAACACAAUAUUAAUAAUACAUUAAAUGAAAUUAAUAAGGAAGAAAAUUCUUCAAAUAAAGAUCAUAAUAAUAAAAAAAGAAAAGAAAAUAAUUAUAAUGUGACAAAAAAAUAUAUAAAGAAUGACCAUUUAUCAUAUAAUAAUAUAAAUACAAAAUCUAGUGAAUACGAAAAAAAUGUAUCACCAUUAGAUGAAAAAUAUAUAGGCAAAACAUUUGAAGGUUAUGUUUAUAGUGUUAAUAAAAAUGCGGCAUGUAUUAAAUUACAAACUAUUAAUAAAUAUGGUUUGUUAUUUAAAAAUAAAGCAAAUUUAGGUGAUGACAUUGAAGAUAUGAACGAUUUUUUUGAAAAAGAUCAAAAAGUUCAUGUGAAAAUACUUGGUAUGAAUACAAAGAAGAAUAUAUAUUAUUUAGGAAAUAUUAUAAAAUAUAAUGAAAAUAUAAAAUUAAAUAAAGGAGAAUAUUCAAAAGGUUUAAUAACAAAAAUAUGUGAUUCUUACUGUUUUAUUAAAGUUUUAAAAAAUGGAAGUAGUGGAUAUUUACAUAAAUCCAAAUUAUUUUCUAUAAAUGAUAUAGAAAAACAAAAGAGUGAUAAUUCAAAUAAUAAUUAUAAUACAUCACAGUUAUAUAAUAAUGAUAAUUUACAAACAAAUCUUAUAUAUAAAUUACAAUUUACAAAAAUAUUUAAUAUAUGGGAUAUAAUAGAUGUUGAAAUAUUAGGAACACCACAAAAUGACUAUAAAUCAAAUUAUAUAUUGACAAUACCAACAGGAUCUAAAACAUAUAAAAAAAUUUUUAAUUAUUUGAAUAUGUUAAAAGAAAAUGAAGAUAUUCAUGAUAUACAAUAUAAAGGUGAUUAUAUGUAUCCUAUUGAUAAUAACAAAAAUGAAAAUAUAAUAGAUCCAAUUAUAGACAAUCAUAAUCUUAAUACUAAUAAGAAGAAAAAGAAAAAUCUAUAUGAUUUACAGAAUAAUAUUAAUCAUUCUCCUUUUAAUAAUUUCCAUGCAGAAGAUGAAUAUUUAUUCAAUGAACAUGUCCAAGAAAAAUUUCACACUUCUUAUGAAAAAAAUAAAAAAUAUAAAAAUAUAUAUGAUAAAGAAAAUAAUCAUAAGAUUAACAAAUCGUAUUAUUUAAAAAAAAAUAAAGAAUUACCUUUUAAUAAUAAAUUCAAAAAAAUUAUUAAAAAUGUUUAUGAUCUUCCUCAUACUAUUACUUUAUCCAUGUUAUCUAAAACAAUUAAAAUACCAUUGGCAUCUAUAAAAAAAUAUUUUGUCAUCCAUGAAAAUAAAGAAUAUAAUUCAAGUUAUAAGAUCAAUUCGGAACAGAUAAAACGAAUAUGUGAGCAUUUCAAAAUAGAUUGUAAUAUACAACAGGGCGAUGAUAAUGUGAUUACAACAGACAAUGAGACAACUAAGAAUUUUCAAGAAAAGAUUGUUAAAAAUGUUCGACAGGAUGUAAUGAACGAACGUGAAGAGGAGCAAGUUAUCAAGGUGGAAGAAAAGAUUAAAAAUGAUGAAAUGGUUAGGAAAAAACAAAAGGGUAAUGAGGAAAAGCAUAUGGAUGAAAAAGAUAUGGAUGAAAAAGAUAUGGAUAAAAAAUAUAUGGAUGAAAAAUAUAUGGAUGAAAAAUAUAUGGAUAAAAAAUAUAUGGAUGUGCAAAAUAUUGAUGUUCAAAAUAUGGAUGUGCAAAAUAUGGAUGUUAAAAAUAUGGAUGUUCAAAAUAUUGAUGUUAAAAAUGUGGAUGUUCAAAAUAUGGAUGCACAAAAUAUUAAUAAUAAUAUAACACUUACAAAAUCCAUAAUCUGCCAAACGGAGGAAUCGAAAGACGCUCCAGUGGGUGACCAAAAUGAAUCCCUUGAUGAAAAAAAUUAUAUGGAAAAAAGUAAGGAAAAAAAAAAAAAAAAGGAAAAAGGAAAAAGUCGAAAAAAAAAUAAUGAUACCACUUUAACAUUAAAAAGUAAUAAUAUUGAAAAAUCAAAGAGUACCCUGGAUGAUAAAAAACGAAAUGUCGUAGUGACAUUUAUAGGACAUAUAAAUCAUGGAAAGACAUCAUUAUUUGAUUAUAUAUGUAAAACAAAUGAACAAAAAAAAGAGUAUGGACUUAUAACACAAAAUAUAAGAGCAUUUAAAGCAACAGUAAGAAAUAACUUUACAUUUACUCUUGUGGAUACACCAGGACAUGAAGCAUUUAUGCCUAUGAGAAGUAGAGGAGUUAAAAUCUCAGAUUUAAGUAUUCUGGUUAUAUCAGGAGAAGAAGGAAUACAAGAACAAACUGUGGAAUGUAUAAAAUUAAUAAAAGAAUUUAAUAUAAAAAUUAUUAUUGCAAUAACUAAAGUAGAUAUGCCUAAUGUUGAUGUAGAUAGAAUAAUAAAUGAUUUGUUAUAUCAUGAUAUAACAACCGAAUUAAAUGGAGGGGAAAUACAAGUAGUUGAAUGUUCUAUUUAUAAAGAAGAAAGUAUAGAUAAAUUGCUAGAUGCAAUAUAUUUAGAAUCUGAAUUUCUUAAUCUACAAAUGAAUCCUGAUAAUAAACCUGAACAAGCUCAAGGUGUUGUUUUAGAUUCUUAUAUAGAUAAAAAUGGAAUCGUUUCUAUAAAUUUAUUACAAAGUGGUGUCCUAAAUAUAAAUGAUUAUUUUUAUACUGGAUCAUCAUAUGGAAAAGUGAAGAUAUUAAAAGAUCAUUUAAAUAAAAAUAUUAAAACUGCAUAUCCAUCUGAUCCUAUUAAAAUUAUUGGAUAUAAUAAAAAUUCUGUUCCUGUAGCAGGUGACAAAUUUUAUGUUGUCGAAAAUGAGACACUUGCUAAAGAAAUUGCAGAACAUAAUAAGAAUAAAAUGUUAACAAUGGAAAUUAAUAAUUUUUCAUAUGAUGAGAUGAAUAUGGACAAGUAUAAAGAUUUUAUAAUUUCCAGAGAAAAUAAAAUUGGAGCAUCUGCAAAUACAAUAGGGGAAAAUAAUAUCAAAAAUGACAAUGAAGGAAAUAUGACAAGUGAUGAUAAAGAUACAAGUGAUAAUGAUUCAAGUGAUGAUGAUAUCACAGGUGAUGAUAAUGAUACAAGUGAUAAUGAUUCAAGUGAUGAUAAUAUAAAAGAAAUGAAAAAGUAUAAAAAUAAUAAAUCAUUUGCAAAGGAUGACUUUUUAAAAAUACAUUUGAAUAAUACAAACGAAAAUAUGAUUGAAAUAGAUCCUUCAACACACAUAGUAGAUAAUGAAAUAAAAAAUAUAUACUCAAAUUAUAUUAUCAAAUGUGAUAAACAAGGAAGUAUUGAAGUUUUAAAAAAUUGCAUGCUUAAAUUAGAAAAAGAAGAUAGUAUAUAUAAAAUAAAAAACAAAAUUAUAUAUGCUGAUAUAGGUAAUGUAACAUCAAGUGAUAUAAAAUAUGCUACAAGUUUUAAUGCUACUAUUAUAGCUUUUGGUGUUAAAUUAUCAAAUGAUAUUAAAGGCUCAAAAAAUUCAAAAGGUUCAAAAAAUCAUAAUAAUUAUCCUAUUAUAUAUUCAAAUGUUUUAUAUGAACUUAUAGAAAAUAUUGAAAAAGAAAUGGAAAAGAAGUUAAGUAAGAAACCAAUGGGUGAAUUAAAAGGAAGAGCUCAAAUUUUAAAAGUUUUUAAUAUAUCUAAACUUGGAAAGGUUGCUGGUUGUGUUGUUAAAAAAGGUACUAUCAAUAUAAAUAGUAAUAUUCGUAUUUUAAGAAAUGAUAAAGUUAUUUAUAUGGGGAAAAUACUUUCUAUUAAAAUUAUUAAAGAAGAAAAAACACAAGUAACAGAAGGUGAUGAAUGUGGUAUGGGUUUUCAAAACUUUCUAGAUUUUGAGCCAAACGAUAUAAUCGAAUCGUAUGAAAAUUAA